AUGCUCUCCGCAGCGUCCGACGGGGACGACGCGGCGUUCGCCACGGCCGCCGCGCAGAUCGAGGCCGCGGCAGAGGCGGGGCACCCGGGCGCGCAGUCCGCGCUGGCGUUCCUCACCGGCGCCGGGAUGACGCGCCCAGCAUCCCGAUCGCUCGCGUUCCUGCUGCACAAGUUUGCCGCCGACGCGGGAGAUCUCCAGUCAAAGAUGGCCCUCGCGUACUCCUACUUCCGCCAGGAGAUGUAUGAAGAAGCUGUUAUACUAUACGCUGAGCUUGCAGAAGCUGCCCUAACAAGCUCCUUGAUAUCAAAGGAGCCACCAGUGAUUGAACCAAUCCGUCUUCACAGUGGGACUGAAGAAAAUAAAGAGGCCUUGAGGAAGUCCCGGGGUGAGGACGAUGAAGAUUUCCAAAUCACAGAGUACCAGGCACAGCGAGGCAAUGCUGCUAACAUGUACAAAUUAGGGCUUCUGUAUUACUAUGGACUACGUGGGCUCCGUCGUGAUUAUGGAAAAGCAUUUCAUUGGUUUUCUAAGGCUGUUGAGAAAGGCGAGACACGAGCAUUGGAGCUUCUGGGUGAGAUCUAUGCUAGAGGUGCUGGAGUUGAAAGGAACUAUACCGAAGCAUACAAGUGGUUGGCACUUGCUGCAAAGCAGCAACAUUACUCAGCUUACAAUGGAUUGGGUUAUCUAUAUGUUAAAGGCUAUGGGGUGGAGAAGAAAAACUUGACAAAAGCAAGGGAACUUUUUGAACUUGCAGCCGAGAAUAAGGAAGCCGGGGGACAUUAUAACCUUGGUGUGUUGUACCUUAAGGGUAUUGGCGUAAAGAGGGAUGUAAUUAGAGCAUGCAAUCUCUUGCUUCAUGCAGUUAAUGCUGGGCAACCAAAAGCUAUUUAUCAGGUGGCGAAGCUGUUCCAGAAAGGCAUUGGUCUUAAGAGGAAUCUCCAUAUGGCAACAAUGCUGUACAAGUCUGUUGCUGAGAGGGGACCCUGGAGUUCACUGUCCAGAUGGGCUCUGGAGUCUUACUUGAAAGGCGAUGUUGGAAAAGCAUUGCUCUUGUAUUCCAGAAUGGCAGAUCUUGGAUAUGAGGUUGCACAGAGCAAUGCUGCCUGGAUUCUGGAUAGGUAUGGUGAUCAAAGUAUUUGCAUGGGAGAAUCUAGUUAUUGCACAGAUAUGGAAAGACAUCUUCGUGCACAUGCUUUGUGGUGGCAAGCAUCCGAGCAGGGUAAUGAGCAUGCUGCUUUGUUGAUUGGCGAUGCCUACUACUAUGGUCGGGGCGUAGCAAGGGACUACGAACGUGCAGCAGAGGCAUAUAUGCAUGCUCGGUCACAGUCUAAUGCUCAGGCUAUUUUUAACCUUGGGUACAUGCAUGAGCAUGGUCAUGGACUUCCCCUUGAUUUGCACUUGGCAAAAAGAUAUUAUGAUCAAGCUGUUGAGGUGGAUUCAGCUGCUAAGCUCCCUGUCAUGCUUGCACUAACAAGUUUGUGGCUAAGGAAGAAUUAUGCAGACAGUUUUUUGGUUCGUUUUAUCGAUUCACUUCCAGAAAUAUACCCUGUUGUUAAGGAAUGGGUGGAAGAUGUUCUCAUGGAUGAAGGGAAUGCAACAAUUUUGACUCUCUUUGCUUGCCUUGUAACUGUCCUCUACUUGCGAGAGCGUCAAAGGCGUCAAGUCGCAGCAGCCAACCCCCAACAACCUGAUGAUGUUGCCAUAAGGCAAGAGCUCGGGGGGGGAAAGCAGGGACGAAAGACGGUGACGGGGAAGACCGUCAUCCUCGAGGUCGAGAGCAGCGACACCAUCGCCACCGUCAAGGCGAGGAUCCAAGACAAGGAAGGUAUCGCCGUGGAGGAGCAGCGGCUCAUCUUCGCAGGGACGCAACUGGAGGACGGCCGCACCCUGGUCGACUACGACAUCCAUAAGGAGUCCACGCUUCACCUGGAGCUUGGCCUCCUCGGCGGCUACUUCUGCUGGCGGAUCUCACCAAAUCUCCGAGAGCUUGCGUACAAGGACAACGUCAACAAGAUGAUAUGCCGCAAUUGCUAUUAUCGCCUGCCUCUUGGGGCCAAGAACUGCCGCAAAAAGAAGUGCGGCCACAGCAACCAGGAAACCUUUUAUCUUCAGUUUGUCAGAGACGAAAACCAGAAAACUGAAAGGCGCGAUUGCCACCCACUGGCGUGA